CUAGUUUGGUCAUUAGCUGAAUUUUUCUUACCCUAGCCAUGGCAAGUUCAAAUGGUUUCCUUGCAUGACAAGCACCAUUUGAUAACCAUCUAGGCUAUCUAGAAUUCUCUAGAAGAUAAGAAUUACACCAAAGCCAGCCUCAUCAGUAUGUGGUGGUUGUGUUGGUAAAUUUUGCUUUGAUGAAAUGGUCCACCCCCACUACAUAGCUUGGGGACCAGGCUCCCCCCCCCCUUUGGGCUAUAGUCUAUAGAGGAGGUAAAGGCCUGACCUUCUCAGAGGCCUAGGGUCUACAUCCAUGGCUCCACGCACCAAGCAUGCCCCCAAUAAAUGAGAGAAGUAAACUUCGGGCCUUUUUUAACGCCCCAGCUGGGCCUUUUGCAGGAACGGCCUCUGUCGGCCCGAAGCUGCCAAACUUGUGCCUUCACCUCGUCCUCUUACGUGCUCCCACGUGUCAUGUAGAUGAGGUGCUAGCCGUUGAUCAUGGGAUGGGUGGUCCCGCCCACUUGAAUGCCCAAGUAAACGGUGGGAAAUAAUAGUCGUCAGUGUCGAUGAGCCUGAUGUUGUGCAAUGUUUGGGUGGAUCACGGUUGUCAAAUGACGUGGUGGGCCCAACUUCCUGGUCCACCACUUGAUCACAAUUGGGCCAGUUGACAACAGGUAAGAAUGGACAUAAAAAAAAAAAUUGUAUCUUAUGCCAUCUAUGGCCUGCAGGCGUUUGGUCAUUCAAGGUUCUUGCAAAGUCCACAAUGCUAAUAAAUAUUAAUAAAUAGUAACAUACGACCAGCAAGAAUGCUUGCACCAAUAGAUAAGGUUAUGACCAUUGAUCUAGCAUCAGGAAAAUAGCAUUCGACAGCAAUAAAUUAAGUCAUAAUAAAAGAAAAAUAUUUCAUGGGCGUAUGUAUUCUAGAUUGGUUUAAUAAAUUUAAUUUACCCAAAAAAUAAUAAAUGUGCAAAUGCAUCAACUCUGCACCAUCUUUUCACUGGUGGUGACAGGAUUAGUGGGAACAGGUCCAUCAAAAAGAAAAAGGCAUGCCACCUUAGGUGUGGAUUUAUCUUCUACUGGGGGUUUGCUUGGUUUGAAUUUAUCUUCAUGUUAUGGUCUAAUUUCAGUGAUAAUUAAGUGAGUUCUACAUGGGUUUUAGUUGGCUGACUAUAAAAAUAAUACUAGUAUUUUAGCCAAAAAAGGAAAAAAUUAUGUUGGUGCUAUAGGGCACCCGUCAUGCACCCAACCACUUGGUACAAAGGAAUUUGUGCAAUUUGCCGGGUUUGUCCUAAUGCGCAUGCAUGACUGGUUGGGGUCUGAAGCAUUUUUCGUUUUUUAAAUGAAAUUGGCAUCUUGUAGAUUCUCCAAAUAAUAGGUCUAUGAUUACCCUCACUCAAAUACCAAAAAUAUCAGCAAAUGAUCGUUAGAUUGCCAGUGGUAGAAUAUGAUAAGAAAUCCUAGAAUGUCUUGUACUAUUUAUAGCAACCUUUGAGGGUUGAGGCUCCCAUCACGCAACAAAGUCUGCUCCGUGUACUUUCCAUCCGGAGUCAAGAAAAGCACCCCCACGAUUCUUCCAUCCUACCUCCCCUCCACUUUCCUUCUCUACUCUUCCUUUUAGAGAGAGAGAGAGAGAGAGAGAUCAUACGCAUGAGAAGCCGCUCCUCCUUCAAGAACAACAAGACCAUGGAGAUGGAGAAGCCUGUGCUAAAAGAUGAGCCUCAUCUCUCGGGUGCCUACAUCCGCAGUCUCGUCAAACAAUUGAGCUCCUCCAAGUCUAAAGAUCCUAUGAAUAUGAAGUCUCCAAACCUAGCGCAUGGAGAUAGGCUUCCUCUAGACCUUGCUAAACAUGGUGAAUGCCAUAGUGAAGUCCAACAACAACAACCACCACCGCGGCCAUCACAAUCUCAGCCACCUAAGAAACAAGUGAGAAGAAGACUCCACACAAGUAGACCUUAUCAAGAAAGGCUGCUUAAUAUGGCGGAAGCUAGAAGAGAGAUUGUGACUGCACUCAAGCUUCAUAGAGCAUCUAUGAAACAAGCAAAUGAGCAACAGCAACAACAACAACGGCAACAUCAACUUCCAUCUGUACCAUCAGCUCUACAAACAUCUCCACCAACCUUAGAGGAGCCACACCAAGAGUUGAUUGAUUCUAGAAGAAAUGUUAGGACCUAUCCAUCCAACUAUACCUUUUCUAACUACCUACCUGACCCCUCUUUCUCACGCUUUGUUUACCCUUCUUCUCUUGCUUGGGCUUAUCCAUCAAUCCCACAUCUAUCCAUCGAUAAUCUCAACCUUCCUCUCCCUAACCAACCCUUAGGCCUAAAUCUCAAUAUUCAAGGCUUCAGUGACAUCGACAUCUCCUUUUGCAACAACCAUAACAAAAAUCCACCAAUUCAGUCAUCACCAUCACCACCGCCAUCAUCUUCUCAUUCUUAUUCUUACUCUUCUCCUUCUACUGUGUCGGGUCUUAAAUUACCAUCCGUCUCAAAUAUGCCCCCAUGUGUUUCCGAGGUUGUAUCAGACCCAGUUUCUUCGAUAUUGCAUCCCGUUAUGGAUGAUAAGGAGAUUGCUGAGAUCCGUUCAAUUGGAGAACAGUAUGAUAUGGAGUGGAAUGACACGAUGAACUUGGUCACAUCAGCAUGGUGGAGUAAAUUCCUUAAGCACAUGGAAGAAAGCCCCAAUAAGAGGAUGAGAGGACUAAAUGAAGAUGGUUUUCAUGUGUUCGAUGAGGCUUUGGACAUACCAUCUUGGUUGAAUGAUGGCUCUGUUGGGGAUGGCAAGGACAACUACCUCUUGCAACAACAGAUGGAUGACUACUGCCACACAAAGGACUACUUAAAAGAUGUUACCUUGCCAUGGUUGGAUAUUGGAGAAAUCGAUGGUUGGGAUGCAGAAUGGCUAUCAUAGUGAGACUGCUCAAUUUUGACGGUGGAUCUUUUCCUCACCAUUAUAGUUAUUAUCUUUCUUCAUCUUAGUGACUCCAAUAAAGUCUUGCUAAGAUAAAAUAGCAAGCUUUUGAGAUUAUUACAAUGUAAUGAGGAAAGAAAAAAGAGCCUCAUUUUAAUUGAGAAAGAUGAACCAAAAGUUUUUGACUCAACUCAUCCCCUUCACACCGCCUAAAUUCUAAUAGAAAUUGUUACACAUUGGUAACGAAAAAGUUACAUAUAAAUGAAUUAUAGCUAGAUUUCUUGAAA